CCAGGUCAAACUGCAUGAUCAGCAUUCCUGGGCCUCGUCAUUGAUUUGUUUUGCUGCAUAACAAAAAGGAAGUACUGUUCCUGAGGAGGGCAGGCCUGCGCAAAAGCAGGAAGAAGAAAUUAGAGUUUAAACCUCAUGUGAGUUGUACUGACAGUCUGAAAGCUGAUGUCACUCUUGGAGGGCGAUUAUCUGGCUACACAUCAGCUCUGAGCAGAAGUGGUGCUGCCUGUUCUUCUUACCUUCACACCAACUACAGUGUUCCCAUCUGCUGAGACAUGGAGUGUCAGUGUGAGAAAGACACCCCUGUGGAUGCAGGCUGGUGGAUGAACACCAACAGUGUCCAGAUGGGACUUUUUACCGUGGUGGGGUAUCUUCUCUACAGGUUCUCACAGACUCUCCCAGCUCUGAUUCGAUGGCCGAUUCGUCUCUUUUGUUCUUUAACUGGUCUGUCAGCUCUUUGGGGGUGGAUAAGUCGGCUUGUGGGAACCCUCCGAGUAAUCCAGACCUUGUUUAAGUGGCUGUCUCGGAUUUGGCGCUUUUUAGCCACAUUUUCCUCAAGGUUCAAGUGGAUCGCUGCUGUCAUCAAAGCCAUCAACAAUUCAUCCAGAGACGGGUCUUUGAACUCACAGAAUGAUCAAGUCAUUAGCAGCUUACUGAACCAAAUGCUUGAUCCCUCUGGCGGCAGCAUUCCCAAGAAACCAGGUCUCAGGCUGGUCCUCCUGGGGCUUCCUGGUGGAGGACGGACUUCCUUAGCAGAUACUUUAAUGAACAACAGUGAGAGAAGCACCAAAAGGGUUCCUCUAAAGGAGAGUACUGUGCAAAGGGCUUUUAUAGAUGGUAGUGAACUCAUAGUAAUUCAGACCCCGGAUCUUUUGGGGACGUCACUAGGGAACAAAGAGAGAGCACUGGAAGUUCUGAGGAGUGUCCAGCUCGCCAGUCCCGGACCACAUGCCUUUCUACUGGUGAUGCGUGCUCCAGACUUCACCAAGGGGGCUGAGCAGGAUGCUGCCCAAGCAGUCCAAGCCACAAUGGAACUGUUCGGUGUGGAAGUCAAGAGGUACAUUAUCCCAGUGCUCACUCGUACAGACCGUCUGGGUCGAAGGAACACUUUAGAUCAGCUGCUUGAUGCAGAUGCUGGAAAUCUGAAAAGGGCUGUGGCACUGUGUGGCCAGAGGCCUGAGCUGGUGGAUAAUAGUCCCGACCGCCCUGCAGAGGAAAGAAGUGUUACACGCAGGCAGCUGGUGGAGCGUGUGAUGGAGGUAAUGGAGCUGAAGGGCCAUUUUGUCCACGAGCUACAGAGAAGAGAAGACCACAUGAGGGAGGUGCUGCUGGCUGAUAUGACCUCUGCACUGGCUAAAAGACUGGGAUAUAUGUAGAGAGAGAAAAGAAGAAGAAAGGGCAUUAUGUGCAACAAGUUGGAAAGAUGGUGGAGGUGGAGGUGUUUGCCACUGUUCAGUAGUGGACAGUGGUAUGUAUUAUAGUUUCCAACAUACCCUAGAUUGUUUAAAAAUAUAUUUCAUAUCAAUUUUUAUAUUCUUAAUUAGAUUAAUCCAUCAAUUUUUCAUCACUUUGUGUUCUCCAGACGGCUGUUUACAGCUACUAAAUGCUUAAAUGUUUACUGUUUACUUUUCUCAGCAAAGUACUGAUUGCUGAUUAUGUGGCCCAAAUAUUUAGCUGUAGCUGUAGAUGAUAAUUUGUCUACCUGUGAUGCAUAAAAGUCACUGUUUGGAGAAUUAGCAUUUUAGAAAUGAAUAUUUUAUCAAAUUUACUUCUGUUGUUCAUUCUUCUUCCAUAAUUUAAGUGGGGGAAAAAACUACAAAACCUACAAAAAUAUAUAAAAAUUUAAAAGAACUAACUUGUCUGUCACUUAUAGAUAGAUAACAAAUAAAUGUACUCCUAAAUAUGAUAACAUGAUAAUAUGAUAACAAAUAAAUGUACUCUUAAAUAUACUCAUGAAACAACAAUUACUUAAAUUUUUCAAAUGUAUGGCUGUCAGUCAACUGUGGUUACCUAGCUUUGAUAAGUAAAAUUUUCCACAGACUUCUCUUGAUAAUGUAGCUAAAAUGAUGAUAAUGAAUAUAAGAAUAGUGAAGCAGAGUUAGUUACAUCAAAUAUUCAAUACACUAUGUGCUCUUAUACUUUCACUCCCAAAAACUACAGUCAGAGUCACCAAGUAUACCAAAUGUCAUCUGGCUAAAUAAAUCCCAUUAAUACUAAUAUAUCGCUAUAGACUCAAAACCACAACAAGAAAAAGUUGUUAUAGGAUAUAAGGACAUAGGAUUAAAGCCCAUAAAAUGUUUAAGUAUUUUGUAGUUUACAUGGUCUGAGAGGCACCUGGACCCCUACACCUCGUCUAUUUUCAGGUUCCAGAUUUAUUCCAGAUUCAAGUGUAUUAAGACGCGUUUUUGACUGUUAAAAAAGUUGAGUGACAGAUACAAGUAACUUAAGCUGUUCGGAAAUAUGAAAUGAUCCUCCUGUUGUUGUAAUUACAGCAAAUAUUUAUAGAAAUGUUCUAUCUGUUAAGUCUUUCUCUCUGAUCUUUCCUGAUUAGUAAUGUUUCUCAUAUAGCUUUCUACAGACACUAGAAGAACAGUAACAGUACAGUCUGUAAGCAUAACACAUAUCAGAGAGCUGGCUUUACAGGUAGCUAAUGUAUGACAAUAAGUUCACCAGAUGGGACACAUAUUGAGCAUCUCUGCCACUCUACAAAACUAUGAUUUAUUUAUUCUUCACUAUAAAUCCCGUUUUCAAGUUUUUCUCCAAAUUUAAAUAACUCAAUCUGUUAUAGUAAUUAACAGUAAUUAAUCAAUUAAAGUCCGGCAUCGGGAUGCAAAUAUGUUACUUACUAUCCAGGCAUUUAAUAAUAUAUGCCAAAAAAAAAACGGUGAAUCUCUUUUUUUAAAAUAAUGUUUUUAUUUUUAGUUUU